ACCCUCCGGAGAGACGUGGUGGCGAGUGGUGGUGGGUCGACACAGUGGGGUGGCGGAACGGGAAACUCUUUCUCCGCGAAAGUGUCGGGCUGGAUUGGCGCUGUCCAUAUGGAGGCAAACGAGGCGCCGUGUUAGGUACCUUCGGCCUGCACGGACGCCUUGCUGUGUCGUGAAGGGAAACAGUGUCGCCGAAAAAAACACACAGACACAUACAGAAAGAGAAAGGGGGAGAGAGAGAGAGAGAGAGAGACAGAGAGACACACACAGACGCAUCCCGGCCCGUAGACAGGAGCCGGAUUAAUUCGGUGAGUGGCGAGGUGGCCGAAUUCAUGGAAGAGUUCGAGACGCGAGUCAAGAGUGCACGGCUUCCCCUAAAUGGGUCAACCCAACCCAGCAACCUGAUAUAGACAAGUGUUGAUUGCAUGUAAUAAAAAUGGCGGCCAGCAAACCACCUGAAAUGAAUUACACGUGUGAGAUUUGCGGCCUCGAGGGCUUCAACGAUGAGGAGAUGAGGUCUCAUAUGGUGUUCUAUCAUCUCCAAGGCGCCGCAAAUUGCCCGUUUUGCGAUUUGGGGGAGAUUUCGCCGACGGAAAUGUUAAUGCAUGUUAACAGUGCUCAUUUGGAUUACUUAACGCCAAGCACACCAGAGAAUGACAUGAUGGCAUUUAUCGAUGAUGAUUCCUUAGUGGAUGAUCAUAGGCAUGACGAGUGCCGUGGCCCUUCACCAUCCAUGUCUCUACGUCCACCACUUUUACAAAAUGGGUGGAGCAGCUCAUCUAGUCUACGCGUUAAACAACUACCAGAAUCAUCAAAGUCAGAGCCACAUCAUUCUAGUUCUAAUGUGAAUAAUAAUAAUAAUAAUAACAAUACUGGAAAUGUUAAUAAUGUAAUAGAGGGUGCAGCUGGUCAUGGUUCUCCAUUACGUUCAGGCCUAAAUUUACAAUUGCGUUCUCAUGCUACACCAAAACUUCCAGUUCAAGAAUGUCCUAUGUGCCCCUAUAGUUCUGACAGUCCAUUAAGGCUAGAAGAGCAUAUCAAUCGGCAACAUUUUGAUCUCACUUCGCCGUCCUUCCCACCAGAAUCUCCACCAUCUCGAGAUGGUGUUUUCAACUGCCCUUUAUGCAUCACAUCAUUUCCAAACUCUUCUGAUCUCGAGUUACAUGUCAACAUAGAGCACAAAGACAUCUUGAGCCCUGCGAAUGGUGCAGCUUCACAGUCCGAUCUGGCAACGGUUGGCAGUGAUACUCCAGCAUGUCCAGUUUGUUUUAGUACUUCGUUUAAAACUAAUGAUGAGUUAACUGUACACAUUGAAGAACACUUUAGCAAAAAAGGCACUCCAUCUCCCAUAACUCCAGACUUGUCCACUGACAGAUUGUUGGCAAAAGACAUGGAAAGGCGUGAAAAAGAAGUUAGGAAAUUGCGAGAACAACGUGAAUUUGAAUUAUUGAGAGCACAGUAUGGCAUGGACAAUCAGGGCAAUUUUAGAGAACAAAGUGUCACUAAUAUGCAGCGGGCUGUGUAUUCGGGUGAAAUGACAAUUGCUGAUUAUUAUGAAAGACAAAGCGAACUUAGAGUAGCUGAGAGUAGUGGCAUUGAUGAUGGCAGCUCUUGUACACGCGGACUUGUCUCAAAGAUACGAGCUGUGAGUCAAGCAUGCAGUAAUGUGUUGAGCACCUGGAUGUGUUCCACUUUAGAUCAUUACGCCACUACUUAUGGUGACAAAGGCUGGGGAUGUGGAUAUAGAAAUUUACAAAUGUUAAUUUCGUCGCUUUUACAACAUACAGGGUAUAAUGAGUUAGUUUAUAAAGCGUGGAGUUCUGGCCUGGGUAGUGGUAGUUCUACUAAAAACCCGCUCCGAAGUUCUAUACCAUCUAUCUCUAGACUUCAAAAGAUGAUAGAGUUUGCUUGGGCUCAAGGUUUUGAUACUCAAGGAGCAGAACAGUUAGGUGGUAAAUUGGUGAACACUAGGAAAUGGAUUGGUCCCACGGAAGUAUUCAUAUUGUUAUCUAGUUUGAGAAUAAAAUGUCAGCUGGUAGAUUUUUAUACACCAACUAAUGCUGAUGGUGGACAUCCGGAGAUGUUUAAUUGGGUUUUACAAUAUUUUCAGCGGUGUGAUGAUUUUAAACCACCCCUUUAUCUACAACAUCAAGGUCAUAGUAGAACAAUAAUAGGAGUAGAACAAUUAAGAGAUGGUUCAAUAACCAUGUUAGUACUUGACCCAAGCCAUAGUCCAGCACAAAUGGCACAGUUUAACAGUACAAGUAGUGCACUAGGUGCAAUGCGUUUGGUCCGAAAAUCGAUCGCCGCGAUGAAAGCAAGGCAAUAUCAAGUCGUUGCAGUUAUUGGUAUCAUGGAAACUGAAUUAGAAUAUCAACAAAGCAAAGUAUUACGUUGGAUCCGUGUACCCCAAGAUAGGUGAGAUUUGCUAACCCGAAAAGGAAUUAAAUUUUGUGGAAAGAUAAUAGACUGCCUCAAACCAAUUUUGUCCAGCAUCCUUAAAGUUACGUGACCGCAAUGUUCUAGGUUUUAUCAUUAAGAGAAUUUGCUCCACCGUAGUAAUUGCAAAAAUAUUAUUUAAACAAUAUAUUCUUGCAUCUCUUAGCCGUCAUAAAUCGACUGGCUCCUCAAAUUCUGUAUAUCCUAAGCCUGCGUCGCGGUUCAGAGUUUUGGAGCUGAAAACUAAAUUAUAAAAAAGAAAAGAACCGCAGAAGUUGUAAUUUCUAAAAAACAAGUGUUUAAAUGUCGCGCGUAUUGAUCUUCUUUUUUUAAAAUCCAUACUCAGCUCUGGAGAUACUAUAUUACGAUGUGUGCUUGGGAAAGAAAGUUUCAGUGACGGAGUAUCUAACGGAUAGAAUUAAUUCGAUCGCCAUUUCUUGUCCACAAUGUUCUGCUCAAUUUUCGUCGCACCGAACAGGCUGUGCUAAUUUUUAGUCGACCAAUCGUCCUAUGCCAGUCGGUUGCAUCAGCGAAAAAAGCCAUGGCAGAGCUUGGAAAACAAGACUUUCGUAGCUGUGAUGCUGUUAUCGAUUUUACGCUAAUCAAUCACCGAUUAUAAAUAUUUUUGAAGGCACUCCAUAAGGUCGAUACAUUGCAGAAAGCAACAUUGUCCGCGCUUACCUUCUCUCACCUGUACUCUACAUUUUUAAUAAACUUUGUUGUCAAAAUGUUGUCAAUUUUUAGUCAAUAAAAGAUACCAAUAAUAAUACGACGCGUACUACGAUAAAACUUUUAUAUAUCGUUACAAGCAAGUUAAUCUCUAAUAUAUUUUCAUUACAGUUGCUUUACAUAUUUCUGGGGUGUCUACAAGAAUGAAUGAUGUAUUUCCAUAUAUUAAAUAUAUGUUUAUCUAUAUAUACAUAUACACAUACUUGCACAGUCUACGUUAUAUUACAUUUCACUCACUCAUACAUAAAGUACAACUACUUUCAUACUAAGUAUAUAUUCUAUUUAAUUAUUCAAUUAAUUUAAGGCUACCCCUACAUUAGCGUGUAAGUUUAAUGCAAUGCUGUGACCGAAAAAAAGGAGAAAGGAAGUAACUACAGUCCAUUUACUUGUUACUUAUAUUAUGUGUUUAAAAAAGUUGUAAUUGAGUAAAUGAUUAUUAUUAUUAUUAACAUUAUUAUAAUUAUUAUAUUUAUUAUAUUUCAUAAAUUGUACUGAUACAUAUAUAUAAGAUCUAUUUAUUCUAGUUAAUCAUACAAGACCAUCGAAAAGUUUGAUGUUUAUUAUUGUAAAAAUGUGGUAUUAUGUUACAAUAAUUUUAAUAACUUAUGCACUAAUCAGAUGAAAAAUUUGUCUUUCUGCUCAGUAGGACCAGAUGCAAUAAUUAUGACUGAGAGCAGAGGUAUAUGAUAAUUAAUGCCUGUAUCGAAUUUCAGUGUAUGCGGAUUAAAAAUAUGUUUAUCAUUUUGGAGUGUUCAGGCAAAUCAAGCUGUGGAAUUGUUGCGCAAGUGUGAAAAAAGGACUUUAUAUUAAUCACAUGUCAAAUUAAAAUAUAUGCUUUGUUAGAAUUCCCAUUUUAUGAGUAAU